AUGGAAUGUUUGGAUAAUUUAUCUAAAUUUUUUGAAGAGUUCGAUAAAGCCACGAAUAAUUUAAAAAUCCUUAUUCCAUCUCUUAAUGAGAGUAUUACUGAAUCCCUAAAGUCUGUGUUAGAACCUCCUCACAUUAAGUCUGACGAUGAAAUUUAUGCCGGUCUGCCUACUAUGGUUAAUUCUCGUCCUCUCUUUAACGUUCUUGCUUUAUGCACCCCGAAAGUGGGAGCAAUGUCAAUUGACAAAAGCUCAAAAAUAUCGCAUAGACAAAUACUUACUCGAUUGGAGUUAGUUGCUUUGCUCGCCAGUAUCUAUGAGCAGAGCACUACCGAGUUAUCAACAUGGCAAGCUUUAGAAGCUCUCUCUCAUCAAACCAAGCGUGUAAUUGACGAAGUAUAUGGUCUUAUGAAUCGAGCUUACCUAAAACUGAAAAUCGCUGAGCAAACCUGCUACUCUAGUCGGGAACAUCUCAUGUACAAAGUCGGUCGUAUCAAAUCUGCUCUUAAAUCUAAAUCCGCUCUCUUCAAUGAUUUUGAAGAUGUAGUUUUAAGUACAAAAAUACCCACAGCACAUGCAAGCUUGCAGUGUUUUACCUCUGACUGUCUAUUGGCUUACAUUCAAAACUACGAUAAUUGGUAUGCAAUUAGAUCGCGAUUAGAAAUGAUAAUGAUGCGCUAUAGUAACUUUCUGGAUAGCAAAUCCUGGGCAGCGGUAUAUUGCCGAGCUUUUAUGAAUUGGUUAAUGCUUCGUGCAAGACUUAAUAGUGGAGCAUCUCCUAAACCACUGGAGGAUGAUUCUGAAACGCCCAUCUCUCUGUUGUACGCGGCUACAAAUGUAAAACUUCAUGCCCGAACCCUCGUUAAGUUUACGAUGAACCAUCUGAAUCAGAAGUAUUGUAAAGACUCGUGCAGCAAGGAGAAUAAUUCCCCUAACCAAAGUAUUCUUUCUCAAUCAGAAGCCCCAGUUCCUGAGAUGGUGAAUCUCUGGUUGGGGACCCGUUUACUGUUGGAAGGUUCUCUACAAGUUGCUGAACUCUACACUCUUCUCGGAAGUGUUAAAGAAGCUCGGUUUUAUCAAUUGGAACUUCUGCGAAUUGCCCAAAGAUUCCAUAUACCCUCUUGUGCUCAAUCGGCACUGUGUAUGAUGGCUUACACCGACCUCCUAAGUCAGCGAGUUUGGGCCUUUGAUUUGCGUUUAACUCAAUUGAGCUAUAUUCUCAAUUCGCCUGUUCUGCUUGAUGACAUCAUAAAGAGUCGAGAGAAGCGUCUUAGAGCAAAGUCCCAUAGAUAUCCUGCUAGAGAUGAUGAAGAAGAGGAGAGCAACUUUCUGAAAUUCUCUAAACAGAAGCCCCACUCCCCACAUUCCGAUGAUUACUGUAGUGAUGGUGAUGAACCUAGAAAUGCCGAUUUAAUGCGUGAAUCGCCCGUCAAGGGCUCGGCUGUUAUGAACUCACCUGAUGGUUUUCCCUCAAUAGAAUCUAUUGCACGUGUAAUUGCGGCAAACAAGGAACCGAAGGCGGUUGAAGAGGAGGGUGCUUAUAACGCCUUCAUAUGUGCUCAUCGAAUUCUAAAUGGAUGUAUUUGGGUAUGGAUGAGUGAGGUUGCUAAUUUUGUGAGGAUGAGUGUGACUACUCGGGAUCACUACCUCCCCGCUCUUAUUCCACCCAAAGUGAGUUCUGAAGAGGAAGAUGAUCUUUCUUCCGCCCUCGCCAUCAAAUGCACAGUUUCCCCCGCUAAGAACCUUGCGACUCCAGCCCCACCUUUAACUAAAGCCGCAAGAGCAGCCUUAUCCUCUAAGUCAGCUCGGAAGCCACCCCGAAUGGAGAGUGAUGAGGGGGACCGCAUUCCAGAGUCAGAGUUACCUCAGGUCGACUCUCUCCGUCCACCGCAGGCCCCCCGUAGAUUAGUUGGCCCAUGGAUGGAAGGAGAUAUUGCUUCCCUACCUCGUAGAAGUACUAGAAAUAUGAGAAAAUCCAAGGUAUCUUCUGCAGACUUCUCAACUCCUGAAGAUUGUCGCCAGAAGGAUUAUUCAGAAAAAGGAGAUGAGAUUCUAUUCACGCACCAAACGUCGGUUUUGAAUGGUACUACUCGGGGGAAGAAACCAUCAGUUUCAUCGAUAAUCGGUCACUACAGACCUUCAAAGUCAGGCUUCGUCUUUGGUACAGAGACGAAGACAACUCUGCGAGUAUUCCAGGACCUUAAUUCGCAAAAGAAUACUUCAAGAGUUAGUUAA